AUGGCGAAGGAAGAUGUUUCGAGCAAUUUCCGAGCCUUGGUGGAGAACGCUGACCGGAAGUUCGCCAGAGUUCGCGAUCUCCCGGCGUUUGGACGAGCACAGAGUCACUACUUCCACAAGGUUUUCAAGGCCUACAUGAAGCUCUGGAAUUUUCAGCAGUCGCACAGGUCGAAGCUGGUCGAGUCCGGUCUAAACCGGUGGGAAAUCGGCGAGAUCGCGAGCCGGAUUGGCCAGCUUUACUUCAGCCAGUACAUGAGGACCAGCGAGGCUCGGUUCCUUCUCGAGGCUUAUGUGUUCUACGACGCGAUUCUGAGGAGGAGGUACUUCGAGGAAGCUCACGGGAAGGAUCUCAAUGCUCGAUUCAAGGAGCUCCGGUUCUACGCGAGGUUUUUGCUCGUCUCGUUGAUUGUGGAUCGGAGAGAAAUGGUUAUGCACUUGGCCGAGAAGCUUAGGGUUCUGGUGGAUGAUAGCAAGUCCAAUUUCAGGGAGACGAACUUCAAGGAGUGGAGGCUAGUUGUGCAAGAAAUCACUCGAUUUACGAAUUCCGAUACAAGCUUAACUUAUCUCAGGCCUCUUCGUUACUGCGCAAUGCUCGAUUCCUUUCCAGCUUCUCAAACGUACCUAGCGAGGUUCCACGCUAAGAAACUGUUCAAGUUUCGUGAUGCUCUCUUGGCAAGCUAUCACCGUAACGAGGUGAAAUAUGCUGAAGUGACGUUGGAUACGUAUAGGAUGAUGCAGUGUUUAGAAUGGGAGCCUAGUGGAUCUUUUUACCAGAAGCGGCCUGUGGAAACGAAGGAGAAUGGUUUUGUGGUUGAUCAUACUUUAACUUCUGGGCUUAUAGAUAUGAAACUGGCUGCUGAUAUGGCUGAUCCAACAUUACCUCCUAAUCCUAGGAAAGCUAUUCUUUAUCGUCCCACAGUAUCCCACUUGCUUGCGGUCUUGGCAAUGAUUUGUGAUGAGCUCUCUCCAGAGAGUGUGAUGCUGAUAUAUUUGUCAGCUUCAGGUGGACCUGCUCGGGACAAUGUUGCGCAGCCAGAGAACCCUGUCGGUUCAAGCAGAGCAUCAAAAAGCAAGUUGCUUGGACGAGCAUCCCAAGAACAAAAAAGUUACAGAACAGAACCUCUUAGCAAUGGACAAAUUAAUUCUGGUGAUUAUUAUGAGGAUCAUCUCUGGUUAGGUCCUAGAGGAGGCUCUGGUUCAAACAACCUUUACCCUGGUGAUCUAAUCCCAUUUACAAGGAAACCGCUCUUCUUGAUCAUUGAUAGCGACACUAGCCGUGCAUUCAAGGUUUUGAACGGCGCAGAGAGAGGCGAGCCUGUUGCUCUACUUCUUUCUCCUCUGAAGCCGUCAUUGGAGAACCCAUCUGCUGACGAUGACACAGAAGCACUAAACGGAAGCCAGUUUACGUUUUUCUUAACAGCUCCUUUACAAGCGUUCUGUCAAAUGCUGGGCCUCUCAAACUCAGACCCCGACCCUGAAGUUUACGAUGAAGCGGAGAGCAUACUUUCUGCUUCCUUUUCCGAGUGGGAAACGAUUCUCUUGACUUCCAGAGUCUUGAAUCUCGUCUGGGCACAGAUCAUGCCCGAUCCAUUCUUGAGACGUCUGAUUCUGAGAUUCAUAUUCUGCCGGUCUGUAAUGACUUCAUUCAACCGCACAGAAGAUCAUGACCCGUAUCUACCUCAGUGCCACCCGAAUCUCCCGGAGUCGGUUUCACCGUUAUCUAAACCGGUGCAGUCCUCAGUACAACGACUAGCUGAUCACUUUGGUGUUGCCAAAUCUUUCCACUUCAACAACUCAUAA